ACCGCUAGGAGCUGCUGCGGAGGACAAGGAGAGAACUACUUCUAUUUUGUCCAGGCUUCGGAGGUGGACAGAACCCCACUGGUCGGGCCUAGAAGUUGAGGGUUCAGGGAAAGUGUGCAGGCAGCUAUAGCUGUCUCUCCUGGAUGCCAAGAUUUGAGACCCAGAAGUCUCCCAUGGUUCCCUAUCACAUCCGCCUGUACCAGGACAGCGACCAUAAAAGUGUCGUGGAUGUGUUCACCAAGGGCAUGGAAGAACACAUCCCAUCCACCUUUCGCCAUGUGCUGCUGCUGCCCCGAACCCUCCUACUCUUACUUGGGGUGCCCCUUGCCCUGGUCCUGGUGUCUGGCUCCUGGCUGCUGGCUGUUGUAUGCAUCUUCUUUCUGCUCCUACUCCUGAGGUUCCUUGCUGGACAGCCCUGGAAGCAGUAUGUGGCCACGAGUUUGCAGACAGACAUGGUUGACAUUACCAAGUCUUACCUGAAUGCUCAUGAUGCCUGCUUCUGGGUGGCUGAGUCUGGGGGGCAGGUGGUGGGCAUAGUGGCUGCUCAGCCAGUCAAGGAC